GUACCCAUAAAGGCCACAGCAAGAAGCUUUGGACGUUGCUUCUCUCUCUCUUUCUUUCUCUUUCAGUCCCUGCAACGACCCAGCUGAUCCAAUCACUGCUUAAUUCUCACGAACGGAAUCAAAUUUUCAUUUGCUAGGGUUUAAGACACUGAUUUUACCAAUUUCUGUGAUCUGGGGUUUUGCACAGGGUUCUUCUUUUUUCUCAGGCUUUUGUUUGGUUUCUUCUCUCCCUCAAUCUGCUUAGAGAUCAAGCAGAGGCUUUUUCUUGACAAAGUGAAGGAAAUAUUACCGAAUUGUUCGAGGAAAAAGUUUCUAGGGAUGUAUAAUGGUUCUCAGGUAUCGACUCUUGAUACGAAUCUCAUGUUUUCCUCCCCUAAUUACAAGAGUUCCUUGCAUGUCGAAACAGAGAAUAACGGCGAAGCACUCAUGGGUUCAGAAAUUCUGCAUACCCAGAAUCAAAAUCAGCAGCCCCCCAAUUCUGGGUUGUUGAGGUUUCGCUCUGCUCCGAGCUCUAUGCUAGGAAAUUUCUCGAACAAUGGAGGUGGAGAGAAGGUGAGCGGUUCGUUCGAGGGUUUCCUGCAUCACCGGCCUCCGAGCUCUUGUGUGGGCGGUGAUUUUGCUGCCGAAGCUUCUGUUAAUCACCGGAAUCCCCAGAACGGGUACGGUUCGAAUUCACAGCUGCCGCCUCACUACCCGCGGCAAAGCUCGGUUCCCAGCUCAUCCGCCAUUGAUGGCUCCUACAGAGCAGUGAAUUCAGUGGCUGUAGAUCGUCACGCGUACGCGAAAAAUGUUAAUAGGAGUGCGUGCUCUUCGAAUCUUACCAGGCAGAAUAGCUCUCCUCCUGGCCUUUUCAAUCAUCUUGCUGUUCAAAAUGGCUAUGCCACAAUGAGAGGUGUUGGAAAUUUCGGAGUGGAGAAUGGUACUACUAAUGGAGAAUUAAGUCCAUCUGCAAGUAGGUUGAAGAGUCAGAUUACUUACUCAUCUGGGUUACCUUCUUCCUUGGGGCUAUUGUCACAGAUCUCUGAAAUUGGGGAUGACAGCUUAGGGGAGAGUAGCCCUGGUGGUGGAAAGCUCGGGAAUAGCGACGGCAGCACUCAAUUUAGUAGUCCCGGAUUAUCGUUUACUUCUUGGAAUGAUUCUGCACAUUAUGUGGACAAUUUCAAUGUCAUAAAAGUAGAGCCAGAUUAUAAUGGGAAGUUAUUUUCUGAUGCUCAGAAUGGGGAGCUUGGAAAUCGUGCUCAGAUUUUGUCUCAUCACCUAAGUUUGCCAAAGACUGAUGUUGAUCACAUGGCUACCUUGGAAAAACUCCUCCAGUUCCCUGAUUCGGUUCCUUGUAAAAUCCGAGCAAAGCGUGGUUGUGCCACUCACCCACGAAGCAUCGCAGAGAGGGUGAGAAGAAGCCGAAUCAGUGAGAGGAUGAGGAAAUUACAGGAGCUUGUCCCAAACAUGGAAAAGCAAACAAACACAGCAGACAUGUUGGAUUUGGCGGUUGAGUAUAUUAAAGACCUUCAGAGGCAGUUCAAGGUAUUAACCGAUAAUCGGGCAAAAUGCAAGUGUUCAAGCAUGCAAAAGUCCCUCCCGAAUCAAACUGUUUGACUUGCUUCUGUACAGAAAAUAAGGGAAAAUAGAUGGAAAAUCUGAUAGAAACCUAGCUAUCUUUUCCAUUUUGCACUGAAGAACAAGAAAGGGUACAUAUAUAUAUAUAUGUAUUUUUUAGUGGGCAUAAAAGUGGAUAGGCUGCCAGAAUCUGCACCGCAAGAUCGGGAUCCUGCAACCAAACAAGGUUUCCAACUACACAAUAAGUGAAAUAAAUUGAUAAUUAAAUUGUAUAGAAGUGAACUAGGUAUCCUCCUUGUUAUAUGUACAACAAUAUCUAAUUUAUCAUGCUUUGCUCAAUAAACAUUCUGAUAUGCUGUUUUGGUGAGACACAGCUGUGCAUCCCAA